AUGGGGGCAGGAGUUUCUAAGGAUGGACGAGACCUAUUAGAGGCUGCGCGCAGAGGGGACGCUGGCGCCGUUGGGAUCGCGCUACAGGAAGCUGGCCCGAAGCUGGCGUGCGCGAGCACGCUGCUGCAGCGGCGUGGGGUGCUGCACAUCGCUGCGCACCAGGGGCAGGCGGAAGUCAUCACGGCCGUCGUCGACCCCUUGAUCGCCGCGGCUCGCUCGGAGCUCGCAGCGCGCCGCCCUCCGUCGCAGUCGCCCGCGCCGCCCGGGCCCGCGAUCGAGGCGCUGCGCCGGGCGAUCAACGCGCGCGACGCGGCGGGCCGCACGCCGCUGCACCUGGCGGCCAGGCGGGGCCACCUGGAGUGCGUGCGGCAGCUGGCCAGGAGCUGCGCGGCCAACGUAUUCGCCACCGACCACGCCGGCUGCACCUUCCUGCACGCCGCGGCCUUGAAGGGCCAUCAUGACGUCAUCGCGUACGUCCUGGACCUCAUGACAGCGGCGGACCCCGACCGGCGCGCCAGGCUGGUCAACAGCCGCAACCUGAGUGGGUUCACCGCGCUGUCGUACGCAGCGUGGUCUGGCGGCGAGGCGGCGGUGCGCGCGCUGCUGCAGGGCGGUGCUGACGUGACCGUGGUCAACGAGCACGUGUUUGACCAGUUCCUGCCGCUGCCGCUGGGGAGUACGCCGCUGCACAUCGCCGCCGCGCGCGUGCAGGGCAGCGCGGCCCUGGCCAUCCUCGAGCAUUACGUGAGCGCCCUCACGGCAGUGAUCUGGUGA